AUGCAGGCGACGGAUUCGCGAGGGUCGGCGGAGAAGAAGCAGGAGAAUCAGCGCAAGAAGGUCGAGUUCUCCGCGCAGCAUGCUCUGGUCGUCGGCUUCUUCUUGUUGAUCCUGUGAGCCGUCCAUAAUUUCAUCCAUGAGAUCUGACAGCUGACGGGAAGACAGCCUUUUUCACGCCCUUGCUAUCUACCUCUUCUGCAGCGGUUUCCUUCUUUCGCGACUCGUCCUCCAAGACCGCUCGCUAUGCGCCGAACCUCCCAUUUCCCUCGACCAUACCUCGGCAACUUUCACGCCAGGAUCGCAAGAGCAAGGAUGUUGGCAUCCGAAAUCAUUUGACAAGGCCGUGGUAAUCAUUGUGGACGCGCUGCGGUACGAUUUUACCGUUCCCUUCCAACCGAAGCCCGGAGACGGAGAACCUCACUAUUUUCAUAAUGCGCUGCCUGUUCUAUACGAGACUUCUAUCGCCGAGCCACAAAAUGCUUUCUUGAGACCUUUCAUUGCGGAUCCUCCUACCACCACUCUGCAGCGAUUGAAGGGGCUCACGACCGGGACACUUCCGACGUUUAUUGACGCGGGAUCGAAUUUCGCCGGGACGGCGAUUGAUGAGGAUAACCUGGUGGAGCAGCUGUACAAAGCCGGCAAGAAGGUGGUGCAUCUGGGGGAUGAUACGUGGCAUUCGUUGUUCCCCGGGUAUUUCGAGCCGAAUCUGACGAAGCCGUACGAUUCGUUCAAUGUCUGGGAUUUGCAUACGGUUGAUAAUGGGGUGAAUGAGCACUUGUUCCCUCUGCUGGAUCCUUCCCUGGAGGGAAGAUGGGACGUGAUAUUCGGGCAUUAUCUAGGAGUCGAUCAUGCUGGACACCGAUAUGGACCUGAUCACCCUGCUAUGACGGAUAAGUUGAAGCAGAUGGACGAUGUCUUUCGACGGAUGAUCGAGACGUUGGAUGAUAAGACGUUGCUGGUCGUCAUGGGCGACCAUGGCAUGGACGUCAAGGGUGAUCAUGGUGGAGAGUCCGACGAUGAGGUCCAGGCUGCACUGUGGAUGUAUUCAAAACGAGGCAUCUUCGGGCGAAGAGACGAAGCUUCGAGACGGCCCCCGGCGACGGCAAAGGAGCGAUACGUGGCACAGAUCGAUCUUGUUCCAACUCUCGCGCUACUUCUUGGGUUGCCGAUUCCGUUCAACAACCUAGGUCAACCCAUCGAGGAGGCAUUUCACGGCUCCCGCUCGCUUCUCAACCCGAGCUACGAGAAUCUGGCCGCAGUUAGCCGUCUUACUGCUGCGCAAAUACAUCGAUAUCAAGCAGAGUACGGGAAAGCUCGGAAUCUGGUUGAAUCUGCUACUUCUCCCACUGCGGCGUUGUGGACGUCCGCAAAUGAGAAAUUCGCCGCUUUUGCUUCCAGCACUUCCGGCGCAGGUGAAGCUGCGAAGAGCGCCUUUGCUGCAUUUGCGUCGUAUCAAGCCGAGAACCUUCGGAUUUGCAAAGGUCUAUGGGCGCGCUUUGAUCUUGUCAGCAUGUCUAUGGGCAUCAUCGCUUUGGUUGGAACUCUUGCGGUCAUUGUCAUGUACUCGCAGAGCUUCAUUGGGGACCGAGCGGCUCUGACUCCUCCUCUGCUUGGAUGGGGCCUUGUUGGAACGGUCAGUGGAGCCGCAACAGGCGCCGCCUCGGCGACCCUGCUCGAUGUCUCUCUGCUGCAGUACAUGGCUUUUGGAAGCGCCAUGGGUGGUAUCCUGGCGAGCUUGUAUGGCUUCUGGCCUGCGCGCGAGAUUCUCAGAGUGCCUGUGCCUUGGACAUUCUGGGGCUGGCUUUGCACUUUGGCCACGCUGCUGUUGUGCGGCGGCUUCGCAGCGAACUCCUUUACCAUUUGGGAAGAUGAACAACUUCUCUUCCUGCUCUCCACGUUUGCCCUUCUGAUGCUUGCAUCGUCGUUAGGACAACCUGAUGCGGCGGAUCGAAAUCUUGGAGCGGCAAACGCCAUCUCGUUUCUGGUUGCGACUCGGCUGAGUUCCUUUUCGCGCCUCUGUCGUGAGGAGCAGAUGCCCUUCUGCAGAUCCUCCUACUACGCUUCGGCGACUUCUUCGACUUCGUCCAAAUGGCAGCUUGCGAUACCGUUUGCCGUCGCUAUCUUGCUACCAAGCGCGAUCAAGCUCUUCUUCACUCGGACACGCAAUUACCACGGCUCAGCGGUCAUCUGGGUCGGUGCUGCGAUGCGUGCUGGAUUGGUUCUCGUGGCAAGUUUCUGGGCCCUGGACGCUGCUGACGAUGGCGACUGGUGGCCCGACAUCUCCAAGGACAUCCUGAAGACAUCUCGAGUCAUUGUUGCACAGAUUGUUCUUGCCAUUGCCUUUGUGGCCGGCUACUCUACGUAUCUCUUUGCUUCGCCUCUUCUCGCGGUCAAGGAGGAGCAGGCGGUGGAGAAGCCGACUGCCACCACCAAGCCUCUCAGCAACGGAGAUGCGAAUGGACCCAUGCUCACCGCAUUCAACGAGCCCGCAAAGCCUCGCUCAAAGCUCAUCAUCUACGGAUACGCGAAUACCCACGGCACGCGUUACUUGCUUCUGCCGUGUGCUUGGGUCCUCGGCUUGCUACUGCUACAGAAGCCGAUGGGCCAGGGCGCGCUGGCACUCUGCAUGAUCUCCAUUCUGAACCUUCUCGAAAUCAUCGAUACGAAUAACUUGCGUCGCUCGCCCUUGGGCCCGAUUGUGUUGGCGCUCAUGGGAAGCUUCUACUUCUUCAAGACAGGGCAUCAAGCUGCGCUCGUGACGAUCCAAUGGGAAUCCGCCUUCAUCGCCCUCAAAACCGUGCAAUACCCAUGGAGUCCACUCCUCGUCACUCUCAACACUUUUGGUCCUCAGAUCCUGUGCGCUAUCGCAGUGCCGGCAAUCACGCUGUGGAAAGUGCCGCCCAAACAUCCGGGGUUGCUGGGACGCAUUGCAGGGAGCAUGGCGACGCAUAUAUUAUUUUAUGCUGCGAUUGCGGUUGCCACGGUGGUGGAAGCUGCUUGGUUGCGGAGACAUUUGAUGUUGUAUAGAGUUUUCAUGCCCAGGAUGUUGCUGGCUAUCGUGGUGUUGUUGCUGGUCGAGUUUGUUGGAGCUGUUGUUGCGAUUGUGGGUGUUAGGUGGAGUAUCGUGAGUGUGGGUGAAGUUUUCGGGUGGCCUGAGUGA